ACGUCAGCGGGCAUGUUUGUUUAUGAGGCUGGCGGAGAGAGCGGCGGAGCGGCGCUGGAGCCCGAAUACCGUCAGCGCGAAGCCCCGAGUAUGAUCUGAUCACAGUAUGCUCAUUGUGUAUUUCAGAGGCAGCGAGGGUCCUGGGAUGGCGGUGUGUGCUCUGUCCAUGUUCGACGGGGUGGGUGACGAGGCCACGGCGGUGGGUGGCAUGGUCAUCCUAGUCCUGGCCCUCAUCUUGGCCUGGCUGUCCACCCACGUGGCUGACCGCGGAGACCACAUCCUGGGCACUAUUCUUACUGUGGGUGCCCACGCCUCCCUCAUCGGCCUGGGAGGCCACGACAGUUACGUGGGACCCUCCAGCAGUUCAGAGUCCGGCGAACAGCAGGAUGAGGAUCCAACGGAGGAGGACAAGCAAGAGGAAGAGGAGGCCGGAGAGGAAGGAGGGGAUGAAGGAGCAGGAGAGGAACUGCUGGACAUACAGGGAGGGAGGAAGAAAACGAGCCACGGGCGCUCAGAGGAUGAGGAGGAAGAGGACGAGGGGACGGAGGACGAAGAGGACGAGAGCUCCAACAUAACAGUGCGACUAAAAUUUCUGAAUGAUACGGAGGAGCUGGCGGUGCUGAGGCCACAAGAUACAGUAGGAGUGUUGAAAAGUAAGUAUUUCUCUGGGCGUGAGCGACAGAUCAAGUUGAUCUACCAGGGGCAGCUGCUGCAGGACCCUCGCCGCACACUGCUGUCCCUCAACAUCACCCACAACAGCGUCCUGCACUGCCACAUCUCUCAGACCCCGGCUCCGAGAGAGCCCAGCUCGGACGAGGCGGCCCGCCCCGGCACGGGCACGGGUCUGAGUGGGGGUCUGCGCUCGGCCGCUCGGGCCCUCAGCACCGGAAGCCUGGUGGUCCCUGUGUUCGUCGUGCUGCUCGCCGUGGUCUGGUACUUCCGCAUAAACUACCGGCAGCUCUUCACUGCGCCGGCCACCGUCUCCCUGGUGGGCGUCACCGUCUUCUUCAGCUUCCUCAUCUUCGGCAUGCACAGCCGGUGAGGCUGCGGGAAAACUAAAGCGUGAACGGACGGAAAUAAAGACAAGAGCAGAAAGGUGCCAAUUUGAUGGGACUGAAAUAUUAGAUACAUUUACUCAUUUAGAUGGGGAAAGAUGGAAGAGAGCAGCAGGAGAAGGAGUGUAACAGCAGACAAAGUACUCAGGGAGCCUUAAGGCUUCUGGUGCCAUUUAGUUGACUGGAAUGGUUUGUGUGUGUUAGUUAGAGAGAGAGAGAGAGAAAAGGAGAGAGAGAGUGUGUGUGUGUGUGUGUGUGUGUGUCAGAGGGAGAGAGAGCGAGAGAGAGUGUAUGUGUGUGUGCGUGUAUUAAUUUACUUGUUGGAGAGUAAUACUUAAAACUUACAACAUACUUGUAAUUAUGCUUUUGAAUUAUGUACCUUUAUUAUAAUUUAAUCUUAAAGUGAGGCCUAGUUUGUCCUCAGUUACACUAUGUGGAUAAAAGUCUUGGGACACCUGCUCAUUUAUUGUUUUCUCUGAAAUUAAGGGUAUUAAAAAAAGAGAGAGUUUAUCCUGCUUUUUUUUUUUUGUUUUUUGAGUGACUAGAAUUUGGAACAUGGUUGUAAGGAUUUGAUUGAUUUGCAUUUAAAAAUACAAAAGCAUUAGUUAAUUAAUUGACAGGGUGUUGAUCCCCCCCCUCUACAGGGGGCUUUAUACCCUGUAGCCCAUGUCUGGCUUUAGAUAUGGUGCCAAUACUUCCAUAUUUAUCUGCUACAGAUAAAGAGUCCUCCAGGGAGUCCUAUUCUAUUGGCAAUACUUCUACAAGGACUAGACAUGCUGUGUGUGUGUGUGUGUGUGUGUGUGUGUGUGUGUGUGUGUGUGUGCAUUUGCACAACUGUGUCAACAAUGGGUGCGACUUAAAGUAGUUAAAUGCAUUCAUUACGAGGGGGUGUAUAGUAGGGUGUCUGCUUAUUGCGUAUACUGGCCUUUUCACUGAUAUGGUGUUAGUGUCUAUUGUUGAAAUGGUCGGUUGGUCUUCAUGACUAGCUUCAUUUUUGCUGCACCUAAAGCAGACUAAUCUGCUCUGCCCAAAACAAUAAAUACAUCUACCAGCAUUGCCCUGCAAAAACCUUGCAUUUCCAUCCUUUUUUUGAAUUUUUUUCGCUUUUUGACACUGUGUCAAUAUGGCAAAUGUUUGUUUAAUUGUUUCAAAAAUUCAUGAGGAAUAAAAUUAUUUUGCAUUGACUUCCAUUGAAGGUUAAGAAAUGUAAUAUGUAAUCCUCUGAUGAAUCCUCUAAUCUGAAUCAGAUAUGGACGAAGCCUUCUGUCUGCACUCUGCACUAAUUCUGUCCAUACUGUGCAUGUUAACUGAAAGCUUAUAUGGAUACAGACAGUACUAAAGCAGCAGUACUACUGGAAAUUGACAAUUUACAUUCUGAACUGCCCUCCAGUGGAUGUAUUACUUAACAAC